UCUGCAACAAAUCAACAAUGGGAGCGGCGCCCGCUCCACCGCGCCGGCGAGAGGAGGGGAGGCCGCCGAUGAGGCCCGCGAGGUCGGCGGCGAGUGUGGCGGCGGACUUCGCUAUGGGCGGCGCGGCCGCCGUGGUGGCCAAGACGGGGGCCGCGCCGGUGGAGCGCGUCAAGCUGCUGCUGCAGAACCAGGGCGAGAUGCUGCGGCGGGGCACCCUGACGCGGCCCUACAAGGGCAUCGCCGACGCCUUCGCCCGCGUCCUCCGCGAGGAGGGCGCCGCCGCGCUCUGGCGCGGCAACCAGGCCAACGUCAUCCGCUACUUCCCCACCCAGGCUUUUAACUUUGCAUUCAGGGGCUACUUUAAAAGCUUCUUUGGCUGCGACAGGGAGAAAGACGGAAAAUGGAAGUGGUUGGCUGGAAAUGUAGCCUCUGGCAGUGCUGCUGGAGCUACAACGUCAUUACUACUAUACCAUCUAGAUUAUGCACGAACAAGGCUAGCUACUGAUGCAGUUGAAUCCCGAGGAAACAAACGCCAGUUCAGGGGACUGCUGGAUGUGUACAAGAGGACACUUACUACUGACGGCGUAUCUGGACUAUAUCGAGGUUUCAGUGUGUCUAUUGUUGGCAUCACCCUGUACCGGGGUCUACAUUUUGGCAUCUAUGACACCAUGAAACCUCUUGUUCUAGUUGGACCAUUGGAGGGGAAUUUCUUUGCCAGCUUCGCCUUGGGCUGGGCAGUAACAACUUUCUCAGGGGCCUGUUCCUAUCCAUUCGACACAGUCCGUCGUAGAAUGAUGUUAACUUCAGGACAACCAUUCAAAUACAGGAAUGGCUUUCAUGCAGUAAAACAGAUCGUUUUAACCGAAGGGUUCUUCACAUUAUUCAGAGGAGUUGGAGCAAAUAUUCUGUCAGGAAUGGCAGGAGCUGGAGUUCUUUCUGGGUAUGACCAGCUCCAACGGUUUGCAAGCCGACAUGGUAAGAAUUUUGACCGCAAGAUGGAAGGGGCAUUGAAAUGAUGUGCGUGUGGAUAUGAGUAUUAUUCAAAUCCAUGGUCGAAGGUUCUAUCAUUCAAAUGGGAUGCAGAAGCAAGAUAAGAACUUCACAAAACCUAGACAACAAAGAGAAUUUCCUUGCUGCUCCAACACGAUUGGCUGCAGAUUGGGUUAUCUAUAUCUAUACAAUUGGCUGUAUGCUGUAGCCAUUGAUGAAAUCAUAUCUUGGUAAUCUUGCAAUCUCCAAAAUGGUUUAGUCUCAAAAACCAGUCAACCCUCGCAAAACCAGAUUGUACAGAUAGAAACAACAGUAGGAUGACCCUAUUACAUUGUAUUAUGGUUAUUGUACAAUGGCCAUUUUCUGACUGAACACUAUUAGGUGGUUUUCCAGGAAUGCUGGUUGUCGCCCUGAUUCUCUUGGUUUCAUGAUUCUUUCAUCUCCUUUGUAAAGCCUGCAAUCAGUGGCCUCCAAAAAAAACUGGUACCACAGAACAGAGAUUUAUAUUGUCCACUUUGCUCCACUUGAUUAGUAAUGUGUAUAUUUUUUGUUUGUAAAACUAGAAAAUGAGAAUUGUUAGCUCUUGUUUUUGAGACUAACUGCCGAUUUAAUGGAAAACAUGUAGAUGUAGUAAUUUGAUAAAGA